AUGGCACUCUCCAACCCGUCUCUCUUAUCUUCUUCUUGCUCUGUUUACAGACUCAAUCCACUGCUCUUUCCUUACGAACGCCGUCGUUGCAUCACUUUUUCCCACUCGCAUUUCGUCCGUCUCUCGCGCAGGUUCUUCUCUGCUACUGUGGCUGCAGCUAAUAGUAGUGUAUUCACUUCGCCAGAAGUAGCAAAGUCGUUUGAUUUUGCAGCUGAAGAACGGAUUUAUAAAUGGUGGGAAUCUCAAGGGUAUUUCAAGCCAAACUAUGAUGCAGGAAGUGAUCCAUUUGUAAUUUCAAUGCCACCGCCUAAUGUUACAGGUUCAUUGCAUAUGGGGCAUGCUAUGUUUGUAACUCUUGAGGAUAUUAUGGUGAGAUACCAUCGUAUGAAGGGAAGACCAACACUUUGGCUUCCUGGAACAGAUCAUGCUGGUAUUGCUACCCAGCUGGUUGUGGAAAGAAUGCUCGGGGUGGAAGGAAUAAAAAGGGUUGAUUUGGGUAGAGAAGAAUUUACAAAGAGAGUUUGGGAAUGGAAAGAGAAGUAUGGGGGAACCAUUACAAAUCAAAUCAGGAGACUUGGUGCUUCUUGUGAUUGGACCCGAGAACAUUUUACCCUAGAUGCUCAGCUGAGUCGAGCGGUAGUUGAAGCCUUUGUUAGGCUUCACGAAAAAGGCCUUAUCUACCAAGGUUCUUACAUGGUGAACUGGUCACCAAAUUUGCAGACUGCAGUUUCUGACUUGGAAGUAGAAUACUCAGAGGAACCUGGUGCUUUAUAUUAUAUCAAGUAUCGUGUUGCUGAUGGCUCGAGGAGCGACUUCUUAACAAUUGCUACCACGCGCCCAGAGACUUUAUUUGGGGAUACGGCUAUUGCAGUGAAUCCCAAGGACGAACGCUAUUCUAAGUACAUAGGGAAGCAGGCUAUCGUCCCGAUGACUUAUGGCCGGCAUGUUCCCAUUAUUUCAGACAAGUAUGUAGAUAAAGACUUUGGAACUGGUGUCUUGAAGAUAAGCCCUGGCCAUGAUCACAAUGACUACCUUCUUGCUCGGAAACUUGGUCUUCCCAUUCUUAAUGUGAUGAAUAAAGACGGGACGCUUAAUGAAGUUGCUGGAUUAUACUGUGGUCUUGAUCGAUUUGAGGCACGAAAGAAACUUUGGUCCGAUCUCGAGGAAACAGGGUUGGCAGUUAAAAAGGAGGCCCACACUCUUAGAGUUCCUAGGUCCCAACGUGGUGGAGAAAUAAUAGAGCCUCUAGUAAGCAAGCAAUGGUUUGUGACAAUGGAGCCCUUGGCUGAGAAGGCCCUUCAAGCAGUUGACAAAGGAGAAAUAACCAUCGUUCCUGAAAGAUUUGAGAAGAUAUAUAAUCACUGGCUAUCAAAUAUCAAGGAUUGGUGUAUAAGCAGACAACUAUGGUGGGGACACCGCAUACCAGUUUGGUACAUUGUGGGCAAAGACUGUGAAGAGGAAUACAUAGUUGCUAGGAGCACAGAAGAAGCUAUUGAAAAAGCUCACAAGAAGUAUGGGAAAAAUGUUGAAAUCUAUCAGGAUCCAGAUGUUCUUGACACCUGGUUUUCAAGUGCUCUAUGGCCUUUCAGCACUCUUGGUUGGCCAGAUGUGUUGGCAGAGGAUUUUAAGCGGUUCUAUCCAACAUCAGUUCUUGAAACUGGGCAUGACAUAUUGUUCUUCUGGGUGGCACGAAUGGUAAUGAUGGGAAUUGAAUUCACCGGGACAGUUCCAUUUUCAAAUAUUUAUCUCCAUGGACUUAUCCGAGAUUCUCAAGGUAGAAAAAUGUCCAAAACAUUAGGAAAUGUCAUAGAUCCAUUAGAUACAAUAAAAGAGUAUGGAACCGAUGCUCUGCGCUUCACUCUUUCUCUGGGAACUGCCGGUCAGGAUCUAAAUUUAUCAACUGAGAGGUUGACUUCUAACAAAGCAUUAACCAACAAAUUAUGGAAUGCUGGCAAGUUUUUGUUACAAAAUUUGCCCAGUCAAAGUGAUUUAUCUGCUUGGGAAGCUAUACUGGCGUUUAAGUUUGACAAGGAGGAGUCUUUACUCAAACUACCUUUACCAGAGUGCUGGGUGGUAUCAAAACUUCAUAUGCUAAUUGAUGCAGUCACCACCAGUUAUGAUAAGUUUUUCUUUGGAGAUGUUGGAAGAGAAAUAUAUGAUUUCUUUUGGUCUGAUUUUGCAGAUUGGUAUAUUGAAGCAAGUAAAGCUCGGCUCUAUCAAUCAGGCGGUCAUUCAGUUGCUUUAUCACAGGCAGUUCUCUUGUAUGUUUUUGAGAACAUACUUAAAUUACUUCAUCCAUUUAUGCCAUUUGUCACCGAAGAGCUCUGGCAGGCAUUACCAUAUCGAGAACAAGCUCUUAUAAUAUCUGCUUGGCCAUCAACAUCACUCCCAAGGCAAGCCGAAUCUGUGAAAAAAUUUGAGAACUUACAGGCUUUGAUAAGAGCAAUUCGAAAUGCACGAGCAGAAUACUCUGUUGAGCCAGGACGGCGUAUAUCUGCUUCAGUUGUUGCAAAUUCAGAAGUCCUACAGUAUAUAUCCAAAGAGAAGGAAGUUAUGGCUCUCCUGUCCAAACUAGAUUUACAGAACGUCACUUUCGCGGAAUCUCCCCCUGGAGACGCCAAUCAAUCAGUCCAUCUCGUUGCGAGUGAAGGUUUGGAGGCUUAUCUUCCUCUUGCUGACAUGGUGGAUAUAUCUGCUGAAGUCCAGCGCCUUACCAAGCGUCUUGCCAAAAUGCAAACUGAAUAUGAUGGACUUAUGGCUCGCUUAAGUUCUCCUAGUUUUACAGAGAAAGCUCCUGAGGAAAUUGUUCGCGGGGUUCGAGAAAAAGCAGCAGAAGCAGAGGAGAAAUUAACGCUAACCAGAAAUCGCCUAGCUUUCCUUCAAUCCACAGUUUUGGUGUCAAAAUGA